AUGUUCGAUGUGCCUUCGUAUCAAAAUGAUGAUAUUUCAAUUUCUCCGAUUGCGCCUGAAAUUGAGCAUUAUCAAAUUGCUUCACAAUCAAAGUCAUCAGAACCUAAUCAAUUAUUCGGUGACAUUGAACGAGCAAUUCUUAAAGUAACGACACUGAAUAUUGCUGAAAAUGUUGAAAAUGAUCAAAUUUCUACUAAACCACAACAAUCACUUCCAUUAUUUUCUCCCACCUAUACCUUAAAUGUUACUUCUAAUAAACCUAAAAAGAUCAUAUCAAACAUUGUUUAUAAAAAUGUUAAUAAUAAUCGUGAACUCAAUGAUGUUAAUCCUAAACAACGCUAUAGAAUUCUCAAACGUAGAAGCGAUCGUAACAAAUCUAAUCUCUCUAAAAAACUAAAGCACAUCAUUAACCCAGCUCGCCGUAAUCAUGCUAGGCGCAGACCACGAGGAUCUGAUGGUAGAUUUUUGAAAAGACGGAGUUCUAAUUCAACUUUAUCAUCUUGCAUACCUUCAAUUGGAAAUAAUGAUUCAUCGAAAUUAACACCUGGUUUGUGUAUAAAGACAGAACCUUCUUCUUAUACUUCAAAUGCAUCAAAUAUGAAUGAAAAUUUCUUGCAAUCACAAUCAAACGCCAUUGAACUUCCUCAAAUUUCAAAUGAAUCAAAUAUAAUUCAACUUUCGAUACCAGUCAUUCUUUAUCCAGCAUUAUUGGAUGCUUUAUCAUUAUUGGAUACUUUAUCGUUAUUGAAUCUUUCCCAAUCACAAAUAGAAUCAGAUAUGAUUCAACUUUCGAUACCAUUCAUUCUUUAUUCGGCAUUAUUGAAUGCUUUAUUGACAUUAUCGUUAUCGCAUUAA